UAGUGUAAUGUGUGUUGCCUACAUCAAAGUAACACUUUACUAGAGGAAACAGAUUCAACUUCACUACUUUUACUACAACGUUCAAUAUUUCACCAACAGAUGGCUAAACUAAACUAAACAUACCCAACUAAAAACUAGAUCCCUACCCCACCUCUAAACCACACUCACUGAUGUCACUACUACUCCACCACAAUACACAAAACUUCACAAUGCAACCCUCAGAUGGCGUGCACAGUUUGAAUUAUGAUGAUAUCUCUAUUGAUUUGUGAUAGUGCACAGAAUAAACUCUUCCGUGAGUGAUCCUGCGAGUGCGCGAAAGGUAAACGCACUCACAACUCGCCAGUGACCAACAGCUGAUCGGGAAGGUCGCUUCGCGUCUAAUCGCAUCGUUCCGAUAGGCAGCAGGUACACGCACAGUACACUCGCGACCGCCGCGCUGCGAUCACCCCAACGAGGAAUAAAAAAAAGGAAGAAGAAAGAGGGAAACGCCGAAACGUGGAUUUAUCACUGAAAUAAGGGUGGAAAUUGCAUCUGGAGUGAAUAUUAUCGUAAAACAAGUGAAAAGACAUCGUGUUUAAGUGAUUAAAACAUUUGAAGACUAAGAAUAACGCCUGGAGAAUAAAAAAUAAAAAAUAAAAAAUUAAAUUGAUAUUAAAAUCAUUCUAAACUGAAAUUAAAGUUGUGUCUACACUGGGGUUACACGCAUAACAUGGAAGCCAAAACCGAAGUGGUCAGCGCCGACGCACUCGUCGAAUCACUGCCGGUAGGUGGCGUGUCAAUACGUGACUCACCACCUACAACCACCACGCCACCAGCGUCCACAGCCGAAAUAACCUCUGUGGCGACAUCUGUACGUCAAUCACAGUCACAGGCGCAUGCGCAGGCGCAAUCACCAAGCAGUGUUCUCUUCGAGGCGUCCACACAAACGCCCACUGAUGAGCAAUGCGAUUCGCCGUUGUUCACCCAGAAAGGGUAUGUUUUGAAGACGAACAAUCAUAGCACCACUGCCCUUGUGAAUAUUCACAAGAUGAGACAGAAUGAACAGUUGUGUGAUAUAACGUUAACGAUAGGUUUAGAACAGUUCAAGGCUCACAAAGUGGUCUUAGCGUCGAUAAGUCCGUAUUUUUUCGCCAUGUUUAAUGGCGACAUGCGUGAACAUACCUCUGGCGAAGUAAUCCUCCACGACAUGGACCCCAUGGCCAUCGACCUCCUCGUCGAGUACGCCUACACCGGUGAAAUCAUCAUCACCCCCGACAACGUCCAGGUCCUCCUACCCGCCAGCAGUCUGCUUCAAAUCUCCACCGUGCGCGAAGCAUGCUGCAAGUUCCUCAUGCUGCAACUCCACCCGACCAACUGCCUUGGCAUACGCAGCUUCGCCGACACGCAUUCAUGCAAAGAACUGCACACGAAGUCGCAUUGCUUCGCGCUGCAAAACUUCCAACAAGUCGUGAGCACCGAGGAGUUUCUCUUGCUGCCAUUCGCUGAAGUCGAGGAGUUAAUAUCGAACAGUCAGUUGAAUAUAUCGUCGGAGGAGGAUGUGUUUCAAGCUGUGCUGAAUUGGGUUAAGCAUGAUUUGACAAGUAGGAGUCAGUAUGUUUCAAGGUUAAUGGUGCAUGUGAGGUUACCUUUGGUGAAUCGUGAGUUUUUGAUGACGCGAGUGGAUAAUGAACGAUUGGUUAGAGAGGAUAGUCAAUGUCGAGAGUUGUUGCUGGAGGCUAUGCGUUAUCAUCUCGCUCCGGAGAGGAGAUGUGCGUUAUCUACGCCACGGACCAUGGAGAGGAAGCCGAAGGGCGCGGAGCCGUAUCUAUUUGCAGUUGGUGGCGGUUCCCUCUUCGCCAUCCACGCAGAAUGUGAAGUCUACAACCCGAAAACCGACGCAUGGACAACCAUUGCCCCAAUGCAAUGGCGCCGCUCCCGCUCGGGCGUAACCGGCCUUCGACGCAAUCUCUACGUCGUCGGCGGCUAUGACGGCGCCUCCGACCUCGCCACCGCCGAAUGUUACAACCCACUACUCAACUCCUGGUCACCCAUAACACCAAUGGGCACAAAACGCUCUUGCUUAGGCAUAUGCAGCUUCGACGGGUUAAUCUACGUGUGUGGAGGUUAUGAUGGCGCAUCAUGUCUGAGCAGCAUGGAGAGAUUCGACCCGUUGACAGGCAUCUGGUGUAGUUGUCCAGCUAUGAACACCAGGCGGCGAUAUUGUCGCAUUGCGGUUGUUGAGAAUUGUGUAUAUGCACUCGGAGGGUUUGAUUCGACGAAUUAUCAAGCAUCAGUUGAGAGGUUUGAUCCAAGGGUUGGUAGUUGGUCGCCAGUGCCCUCUAUGUCAUCACGGAGAAGUAGUUGUGGUGUGGCAGCACUGGAUGGACAUUUAUACUGCAUAGGAGGUAAUGAUGGUACGAUGUGUAUGUCAAGCGGGGAGAGGUUUAAUGUGCGGAGAAAUGCCUGGGAACCGAUAACAUCGAUGCAUAAUCGCAGAUCAACACAUGAAGUAGUAGCGAUUGGAGGUUAUAUCUACGCUAUCGGUGGCAAUGACGGUUCUUCAAGUCUAAACUCCGUGGAGAAGUUUGAUCCUCUCCUGAGUAAAUGGACAGUGGUUUCUUCUAUGGUAACACGUCGAAGUUCCGUCGGCGCUGCGGUUUUGGAGUGCAUUAACAUCGAAUCGGUGCUGAGACAAAUCACAGCCACUGCCAAAUAGUGCAUUGUCGUAUAAGCGUACAUUUCUGAGUAUUUUUAACGAUUUCGAGUGUUAUUUUAGGUUAUAAUUAGCUGUUUCUGUGAUAAUCAGCAACAAACGCGGACGUAAACGAUUUAAAACAAUUUAAGGAAGAAA